CUGUUAAAAGUUUAUGGAAGGGAUAGGGAACGUAGUGCAGUUUCAACACUUAAAAUUUAACGAGAGUAAAUAGUUGUUCAGAUUUAUUUUGUGCAGCAGUGGUCAUCCCCCCUACAUAGCCACAUAUACACGAUAUAUGUAGUAAGCCUAAAAUCCACUGCUGAAAAUUGUUUACGAUCUACCACAAGUACUUUCGUCGUCUUCUACAACUUUGAUUGCUGUUGCUGAUCACGACAAGACAUGCGUGUGAUGAGGAGAUAUGAGCAAUAAUGAAGGGAAGAGGGGUAUUAGUUUGCGUAGCCUCAGCUUCAGGAAUAAAAGCAGGAAGAAAAAGUCCUCAGAUGGUCACCUGCAGCAUCGACAUUCUGUACCGGAGUUGACAAACAACAACAACAUCGCUUCCAAAGCUGCUCCCCUGUGCUCCGCCGUUGCUGUCCAAUCGUUCACCGGGAUUCUGCGGUGUGACCUCUCGUUCAACAAAGGCGAUCGCAUCGACGUCCUUACGAGGACCGACACGCGUUUUGAUUGGUGGGAGGGGCGCGUGAACGGACAGACGGGGAUCUUCCCUGCGAAUUACGUAAAGAUAGUGGAGUAGAAUAUAAAAUGAGGGUGGUUUUUUUUUUCAAAUCACUGGAGAACCGCAGUACUAAGCAUGUGUAUAUGCCCAACUUAAUGAACUAAUAAGUUUGAAAAGAUGCCUUUGCGCGGUAAGAAACAAAGACCAAAUCAGUCACUGGUAGUCAUCAUAUCAUGCCUGUAUGUUUUACAUGAUUAUUUUUGUUUUAUGAGACAUUUCAGUUCUGUUUCGCAAACAAAACCUUGUGGACUUUAAAGGUAAUAUGCAACAUUUGCUUUUGAUGUAAUUUUCAGAAAUUGAUAGAUUUGUGGUUUGUAGUCUAUAGCAAAUAUUGUUACAUGGAACUAUUUAAAGUUUUGUGGGAGAGAAGACA